CGCCGUGGGUUCUGGGCCGGGCUUCUCAAAACCCUGCUGGGGCGUGCGGCUCCUGGCCGAGACGCGCUGUGCUUUCCGGAGAAGGGAAGUGGCGGAGCCCGAGGCCCCUGUGCAGCUCGGGACCGAGCCCGCCACGCAGGCGCUCGCGACGCCGCCGCCAUUGUUGCCUCUGGCCUCUCGGGCCGCUCCGGCUACGCGUCGGCCCGGUCCCAGCGACAGGUAAUGAUGUCCCAGGCUCCGGGCGAGAGUGUCCGCGCGGUCGGUGAGCGCCCGAGCCCGUCCAUGCGCGGGCGCCGGUACUCGCGGCUUGUGGGGAGGAGGAAGACUGGGUGGAGACUGUUGAGGAGGGCCCAGUCCCAGCGUGGCACGUCGUGUAGUCCCCAACUCCCCUGCUGCCCUCGACCCUCCGGCUGAAGAGGAGACCUUUUAUCCAUGCCUGCAAGUUCUGGGCUCGGAAUUUGUAACUAAGUAUGCUAACUCUACCUUGCUUCUGUUCUGCCCUUAGCUGUGGCAGUCCUUGAUAUAAUGUCUUUGUGGCUCUAGCAUGAGACUCCAAGCAGUUGGCUCACUACUGGAGAAAUAAAGGAUAUCACCAGAUUGACUCUCCUGUCUGUAGCAAUGUUAGCCUCAAGCAAGAGGAUGUCCACUUCUUCACGCUCUCAAAUCCUUCUAAUGCGGAAGCCAGACAAGGCUCAAAUUGGACACCACAGUGUUGGGAAGGAAACCCUCACUUCAAGACUCUUGCGUGACACUGAGACCUGUCGACAGAAUUUUAGGAAUUUUCCAUACCCAGACCUGGCUGGUCCUCGAAAGGCAUUGAGUCAACUCCGAGAGCUCUGCCUUAAAUGGCUGAGACCUGAGAUUCACUCAAAGGAACAAAUCUUGGAGCUGCUGGUGCUGGAACAAUUCCUGACCAUCCUGCCUGGGGAGGUUAGGACUUGGGUAAAGUCCCAGUAUCCAGAGAGCAGCGAGGAAGCAGUGACUCUGGUGGAGGAUUUGACUCAGAUUCUAGAAGAGGAAGCUCCUCAGAACUCUGCCCUUUCCCAAGAGACCCCAGAGGAAGACCCCAGAGGAAAACAUACUUUCCAGACAGGGUGGCUAAAUGACUUGGUGACCAAAGAAUCAAUGACAUUCAAAGAUGUGGCUGUCGACAUCACCAAGGAGGACUGGGAGCUAAUGCGUCCUGUACAGAAGGAGUUAUACAAGACUGUGACAUUACAGAACUAUUGGAACAUGGUUUCUCUGGGACUUACAGUGUACAGACCAACUGUGAUUCCUAUAUUGGAAGAACCAUGGAUGGUGAUAAAAGAAAUUUUAGAAGGCCCUAGUCCAGAAUGGGAAACUGAAGCCCAAGUGUGUACUCCAGUACAGGAUAUUUCUAAACUCACAAAGGAUAGAACUCAAACCAUCAAAUUAGAAGAAUCAUAUGACUUUGAUGACAGAUUACAGAGGCAGGCAACAGAUACCUUCUGGAAAAUUCCCACCAAUGAAAGAGAUUUCAUUUUGAAGUCAGUCCCUUCACAAGAAGAUGACCCUACAGAAGAAUAUCUUAGUAAAUAUGAUAUAUAUGGAAAUAAUUUUGAAAAGCAUUCAAACCUAAUUUUACAGUUUGAUACCCAAUUAGAUAACAAAACGUCCAUGUAUGAUGAAGGCAGUACAGCCUUCAAUCAUGUCUCCUAUGGUGUUGUACAUGGGAAAAUACUUCCUGGAGACAAGCCUUACAAAUGUAACGUGUGUGGGAAAAAAUUUAGGAAAUACCCAUCCCUCUUGAAACACCAAAGUAGUCAUGCCAAAGAGAAAUCUUAUGAAUGUGAAGAAUGUGGGAAAGAGUUUAGGCAUAUCUCGUCCCUCAUUGCACAUCAGAGAAUGCAUACUGGAGAAAAACCAUAUGAGUGCCACCAGUGUGGUAAAGCCUUCAGCCAGCGUGCACACCUCACUAUACAUCAGAGAAUUCAUACUGGAGAGAAACCCUAUAAGUGUGAUGAUUGCGGGAAAGACUUUAGUCAACGUGCACACCUUACUAUACAUCAGAGGACACAUACUGGAGAGAAGCCGUAUAAAUGCUUGGAAUGUGGUAAAACCUUCAGCCAUAGUUCAUCACUGAUUAAUCAUCAGAGAGUUCAUACUGGAGAAAAACCUUAUAUAUGCAAUGAAUGUGGGAAAACUUUCAGUCAGAGUACACACCUUCUUCAGCAUCAAAAAAUACAUACUGGAAAGAAACCAUAUAAAUGCAAUGAGUGUUGGAAAGUGUUUAGUCAGAGUACUUACCUUAUUCGACAUCAGAGAAUUCAUUCUGGAGAGAAGUGUUAUAAAUGUAAUGAAUGUGGAAAAGCCUUUGCUCAUUCCUCAACUCUUAUUCAACAUCAAACUACUCACACAGGAGAGAAAUCCUAUAUAUGCAAUAUAUGUGGGAAAGCCUUCAGCCAGAGUGCAAACCUUACUCAGCAUCACAGGACACAUACUGGAGAGAAACCAUAUAAAUGCAGUGUAUGUGGGAAAGCAUUCAGCCAGAGUGUGCACCUUACUCAACAUCAGAGGAUUCAUAAUGGAGAAAAACCCUUUAAAUGCAAUAUAUGUGGGAAAGCAUAUAGACAAGGUGCAAAUCUUACUCAACAUCAAAGGAUUCAUACUGGAGAGAAACCCUAUAAAUGUAAUGAAUGUGGGAAAGCUUUUAUUUAUUCCUCAUCACUUAAUCAACACCAGAGAACUCAUACUGGAGAGAGACCCUAUAAAUGUAAUGAAUGUGAUAAAGAUUUUAGCCAGAGAACAUGCCUUAUUCAACAUCAGAGAAUUCACACAGGAGAGAAGCCCUAUGCAUGUCGUAUAUGUGGUAAAACUUUCACCCAGAGUACAAACCUUAUUCAGCAUCAACGCGUUCAUACGGGUGCCAGACAUCGAAAUUAA